GGAGGCAAAGGAGGUAGAAACUUUUACGCACGUGAGGAACUUCUGACUCUUGGGCGAGCAGAUAGAUAGAUGAUUUGUCCACGGGCUCCUGCGCACGAUGAACGCGCAGCUGUCGAUGGAGAGCCUGGGCGACCUGCACGGCGCGAGCCAUGAGCAGGUGGCGGCGGCGGCCCACGCGCGCUCCGCGGCGGGCAUGGCGUCCAUCCUGGAGAGCGGCGACUAUCCUCAUCCGCACCAUCUCCAUCCUCAUCACCCGCACGCCCACCCGCAUCCGCACCAGCACCGUCCCCCGGACCACGCAGGACUCGCGGGACACCUGCACGCGGCGAUGAGCGGCGCCAUGGCGUGCGAGGCGACCGCCGGGAUGGGCAUGGGAGGCGCGUACACCACACUCACACCGCUGCAGCCCUUACCGCCCAUCUCCACCGUGUCCGACAAGUUUCCUCAUCAUCCUCAUGCCCACCCUCACCAGAGGAUCGCGGGGAACGUGAGCGGGAGCUUCACGCUCAUGCGCGACGAGCGCGCGCUGGCCUCCGUCAACAACCUCUACGCGCCCUACCACAAGGACGUAGCGAGUAUGGGCUCCAUCCACGGCUCCCAGCACGCGCUGGCGCCGCCGCCUCCACCUCCGCCGCCGCCUUACGGCCACGAGAAGAUGCUCGCGCCGACCGCGUUCGACUCCCAUCACCCGUCCAUGCACGCGAGCAGCGUCACCUCGUCCAACUCCUCGUCGUCCUCGUCUUCGUCCUCCUCGCCGGCAGCGGGCAUGAUGGUGCAAAUCAACGGCAUCCAUCACCACCAUCACCACCACCAGCACCACCACCCUCAUCACCCGCACGCCCACAUGAGCGCGGCACAGGGACACCACCACCACAACCAUCACCACGCGCAGGGAGCUCUCGGAGCCGUGCGGGACCGCGAGCACGCGGCGCCUGUCGAGGAGGUGAACACCAAGGAGGUGGCGCAGAGGAUCACCACGGAGCUGAAGCGCUACAGCAUCCCGCAGGCUAUUUUCGCACAGCGCGUGCUGUGCCGCUCACAGGGAACGCUCUCCGACCUGCUGAGGAACCCCAAACCCUGGAGCAAGCUCAAGUCCGGUCGGGAGACGUUCCGCCGCAUGUGGAAAUGGUUGCAGGAGCCCGAGUUCCAGAGGAUGUCCGCGCUGCGCCUUGCAGCUUGCAAAAGGAAGGAGCAGGAACACGGCAAAAACGAGCACGGGAAUGUCUCGAAGAAACCACGUCUCGUUUUCACCGACGUCCAGCGCCGGACUUUACAUGCAAUAUUCAAAGAAAACAAGCGUCCGUCCAAAGAGUUACAAAUCACCAUCUCUCAGCAGCUGGGCCUGGAGCUCGCCACUGUCAGCAACUUCUUCAUGAACGCUCGGAGGCGGAGUCUCGAUAAGUGGCUGGAUGAUGGAGGCGGGAACUCAGCCAACUCGUCCUCCAGCUCUUGUACCAAAGCAUAACAGCUGCAGACUGAUGUGACCCCAAAGAAAAAAAAACC